CUCGAGCUCACCCACUCAAUUUGACUGUCUAGUUUCUACAAUUAAUAUAAAACUAAAAUAUAAUACAAGUUAAAACCUGAUGUUUUACUUUCCCAUGAGGUCGGAUAGCUUUUUAUCCACUCUCUAUAAUAAUUUAAAACUAACUCACCCUCCAUCCAGCUAAUUUACUCCCGAUCCAGGUUUGAAAUUUGAGCGGUGCCUCACCAAAUGGUGUGUCGUUCCAGAGAGAAUUUCUCAAUCUCUAGGAGAGGUCUGAAAGUGUUUAGUCAGCACGAGGAGCAAGCCAGAAUGAUGACCUGGUCACGUGAUGACAGGCACUGCAUCCAGCUAGUCACGUGACAGGUUAGCUGACAGCUUGGAAAUACCUGCCACCGGCAUCACUCUACCGGGAUCAUUUUAUUUCUUUCAGUCUGCUGUUCGUUUUAGAAGAACAAGAGAAUGAGGCUCUUUUUACUAAAUAUAAUAUUACCUAUAGUCCUAGCUGGAAACGCUCCAGCUGACUGGGAAUGCGCUCCACUCACGAAGAUAACAUCUUCUGUGGACGGGUGUGUAGCUUCCAGCUCCUUCGCCGACGGAGUGUGGAGCAUUGCAACAUCAACCGCUAAGACUGGAGCAGGGGCUAACAAGUUCUGUGUAAUCUCGCUCUCUGGGGAUAAAGUUCACACUAGCAAGGACUUCUACGUGAAGGCUAAGUUCUCUAACGGUCAGGCAGGUAGACCUGGUCCUUUCGGAGGACUUACUUUUAAUGGGGAGGAUGAUUCUAAUACCAACUACGUUAUGAUGAGACUGAAGGUUCCAGUAGCAGCUAACGUUCAGAUGGGUAAAAUAGCGAAGGGAACAGGGCACAACCUCGCCCAGAGCAAGGCAAAGAACAAUGCUGUCGCUAGUGGAGCUGCUCUUUUAGAGAUCCUGGUCCGAGACGAGCAAGAGACAGUUUGGGUUGACGGUGCUCUAGAAGAGUCCAUCUCCACCCAGCAGCCCUUCUUUGUAGCACCUGGACAUGUUGGGUUCGGCUUCCAAUCAGUGACCAGCUGGCCUGCCAUCAAGGUAGAAGGAGCUGAAGUGUGUACUCCUAUCACGUGUACAGAUGUAGACGGUAAAGUACACUCUGGUGGGGACACGUGGACAAACGAUGACGGCAAGACGUGCACGUGUUCCGCUGAAGGUAUCGAGUGUGUGUGUGGUGAUGAAACUCUCACCUGCCCCGGAGGCCAGGAGAUAUGGACAGAACCUGGAACUUGUCUUUCUAAAUGCAUCAGAUCACCUGCCCACUGUCACAGUACAGGAGACCCCCAUUACAAGACUUUUGAUGGCAGUUACUACGACUUCCACGGAAUGUGCACCUACCAGGCUGCUAGUUGUGGGGACUUUGUUGUGAACUUUAAGAACAUAGAUCUCUACGGCAGGGCACCUCGUUAUACCAGGAGAAUAGAACUCGAGUUCAAAGGACAGGUCUUCUCUAUUCAAGCCGGAGGGACCGCAGCUGUGGAUGGCGUUGCUGUUCAAGUGCCGUACGUAAAGACCUACACAAACGGAGAUAGGGUAGAGAUCAUCAACAAUGGUCAGCUGGAGUUCUUACUCUACAACAAGGGCAGAAGUCCGUCAGUCAGGGCCAGAGCUACAAACUACGGUCAAUGGAUCAACGCUGACAUGUGGCUACACGGAUCUUGCGCUGAUGUCACUGAAGGUCUUUGUGGAAAGUGGGAUGGAGUUAGCAAUAAUGAUCUCAUCCACAACGACCCCAACGCUAAUGGUGAACAUUACAAGAAGUUUGAUGAGAGCUGUCCUGCCCCUCCCGUACCCUACCAUCCAUGUGACGAUAUUCCUGGAGGCAAAGUUGAGGCUGAGAGACUGUGUGGAGCUUUCAAAGCUGAACCGUUCACGUACUGUCACAACAAAGUGCCAGUAGGGACCCCCGAAGGAGGACCUCUGGGAGACUGUAUCACUGACGUGUGUCACUGCUGGUUGGAUCAGAGCUGUGCGUGUCCUCAGCUUGAUACCUACGCUGAGUCCUGUAUUGCUAAUGGUGUGGAUCUCAGUGACUGGAGGGAGGAGGUCGAGUACUGCCCGUACGAUUGUCCUGACCCAACAAUAUACCUGGCUGAUGGAGCCACCCCAGUACCAACUUGUCUCAACAAGGAGCCAGAGAAGACCGGGACUGUUAGAGGGUGUUUCUGUCCGGACGGAAAGUUCCUACAGGAUGGAGUUUGUGUAGAUGCUAGCGGGUGCAAGUGUCUCUACGAGGGACAGUUCUAUGAUAACGGAGCAACUGUCGAGAAGAAAGCAGAGUGCAAGACCUGUACUUGUCAAGAUGCUGGGGAGAUGGUCUGCGAAGACUCGCCCUGUCCUGAACUAAGCUGUGAUGAUAACGAAAUAGAAGCUAUCAAGGAUGACGAUUGUUGCCCUUACUGUGACGAUGCCUGGGUAGAGGCCAUGAACCCUGAAGUAACUGUGAAGAAGGGACAGAAGAUCGUGCUAACGUGUGCUGUACACGCUGACGUGCCCAAGAGUGCUAUUACCUGGUACAAGGGCACCCACAAGGUUAAGAAGGGACUCUCAAGAACCAGACUGCGUCUUACCAUCGACGAAGCCACCGCUGAAGACGACAGUGAUUACCGGUGUGAAGCCAUCAAGGACGGAAAGGUCGGGUCGGACAUGUUUGUUGUUGAUGUGGUGAUGCCUGCUCACUGUGAACACGAGGACGGACACGGCUUCUUCGAGGGGCACAAGUACCACCCUCAGGAGACAGAAGUGUGCACGUGUGAUGCACAAGGAGUACAUCACUGUGAAUGUGUUGAUGAUGGGGAAGAGUGUGAAGAUCCCACCCCUGUGGUUUGGUUUAACGCCAACUGUGUCAAGACCUGCGUUCCUGAGGCCGGUCUUUGCAGUGCUGCAGCCGACCCCCACUACAAGACGUUUGAUGGUUCUGAGUUUGCUUUCAAGGGAGACUGCAAGUACAACUUCUUCGGUUGUGGCGAGAUUAAGAUGUUCGCUGACCACGAGAAGGACAAAGCCAGCACUAAGACCAAAUAUAUCGAGAUCGCAUUUAAGACUGACGUUUACAAACUGGAAGGUAACUCUGUAUCUCUGAACGGAGACGAAGUUACAGCCCCUCUUCACAAGGUUUACAAGGACGGUUCUGCUCUCAAGAUUGAAGAUGUUGGACAGUUCGUGUUCUCCAUCGUACAAGACGGGAAGGAUCCUCUAGUGGAACUCACCUGGGACAAGGUAACCAGCUACAACCUCAAGGUUCACGGAACAUGCAAGGGCUCGUCAACUGGCAUGUGCGGCAAAUGGAACGGUAAAGCUAAGGAUGAUAUGACUAUGCCUGAUGGCGAGGUUGCUGAAAGUGUUGAAGCGUUUGGCACUGCCUGGGCUGUUGAUGAUGAAGAUGAGUGCCCUGCACCACCUCCAAUACCUGAUAUAUGCGAGGACUUCGGACUGAUGACUGAGAAGGUCGGAUACGAAGAACAUGUCGUAGCUGUCCUCAAGGCUGGAGUGCUAGGUCAGUGCUCUAAAGUGGUGGACAACUCAGAGACAGUGAACGCGGCCGUACAGGAGAUCUGUCUCUGCUUCGGAGAUAAGAACUGUGCGUGUCCAGUAUUCAAUCAGUUCGCUGCUGCUUGUGACGCUGCUGAAUUUAACACCGCUGGAUGGGCUCUCAAGAACAAGAACACAGAGUGUGCCCCUAGUUGUCCUGAUGGCUCCACAUUUAGAGUAGCGGGACCCAAACCCGCUCCAUCGUGCUCCAAACCUAAAGGAGGACGCAAGACACAGAAGGGAUGUUUCUGUCCAGAGGGACAAGUCAUGGAGGGAGGCAAGUGUAUCGCUGCUGAAGACUGCGUGUGUGAAUAUGCCGGUCAGAGAUUCGACAUUGGAGACAAGUACGAUAAGCCAGAUAUCUGCCAGAGCUGUUCGUGUGUUGGUAGUGGAGAUGAGAAGUGUGAGGAUAUGCAAUGCAACACUGAGUGUACAGAGAACGAGCUCGAGGUUACAGCUGACGGCGAAUGUUGUACAAAAUGUCUGGCUAACUGGGUGGAGGCAGUUAACCCCAAACCUGAUGCAACUGUUAGCGAACCACUCGCUCUUACCUGUAAAGUUACUGGUGUCGAGGUCACUGCUGACGAUAUUAAGUGGGUACAGUUUGCACCUGAAGUAGAUGUAUCUAAACCAAAGAGAAUAUUCGAGAUUUCUGAUGAUGGAUUGGUUCUGACUAUCAAGAAGAUGAACGAAAUGAGAGUUGGUAACUACAAGUGUGUAGUGACGAAGGACGAUAAGGUAUCAGAGGGUGUAUUUGAAGUACUGCUGCCUAUUGUACACGAGGAUCUCAUAGAACCUGUACAGGAAACCGUGCAGUUCAUCGAGGGCAAGGAUCUGGUGGUGGAGGUGAAGAAGCUCGGAGGAACCAUCACAGACCUUUCAUGGGAAUGUAACGGAGUGAAGAUGGAGCAGAAGAUCGUAAACAAGAAGACAGGUUGCAAGUUGGUCCUGAAGGGGGCUACGGCUGACAUGGCUGGAUCUUGCACUUGCUUCGUCAGGGGAAUUGGCUCUCAGGACAGCGCCGAGAUUAAGAUCGAGGCUCAGGCUAACGAAGUAACAGUCACCCCGCUGAAAAAGAAGAUCACGUGCACAGAGGGAAAGAAGAAGUGUAAUCCCAAGUGUAGCGUCACCAUGACAGCUGGAAGCGUGGCCAAGAAAUCAGUAAAGGUCUGCAAGUUGGAAGAUAACGGUAAGCUGUCCAAGUGUAAGGCAGCUAAGGUCAGGAAGGGUAAAUACGGAAAGAGUCUUGGCAAGGUCACCGCCGCAUCUGCUGGAAACUAUGUGUGCGUGCACUCAGACAAUGGAGUCGAUACUAUCUCUGACCCCAUGGCUGUUGUUGUCAAGCCAGCAGGCAAGAUACUAAUCUAAAGAACUUAAUUGGCUGGAUUCCUUGAGUUGAAAUAGAAAAAGACGAAUAAAAGAUUUUAUAGUGAACCCUGUGAAUUUUUUGACUGAAAAUAACCUUCUUUUAUUGAAAAAUUUGAUUUUCUUGUCCUAAAAACGCCGAAUUAAAGAAUAAAUAUCACGUCUAAGUGUACUUUAUAAUUGCUAAUUGACGAUUUGAAAGUUUAAAGGUGAAAUUUUUUAACCAUGACGGUAGCACUACAUAACUUAUGUAUUACAGUGGUGGCAAUACAAAGGCGAUCUAAUCUAAUCCAUAAUCGGCGCGGCGGUUUUAUUUGUCACAACACUUACCUAGCUUUACGUUACUAUCAAAAUUAUAUUUGUGUUAUUCAAUGGUUGUUCAGAAAGUUUAUUUUAAAUCACUUAUUCAAUUC